AUGGAGUCAGUAAAUUCAGGUCUACACCAGCAGAUACCCACUCCCUACAGACAACUACAGCCGCAAGCCGAACAAGCUCUUCAGCAUGGCCAACCUCAUCUCAGUCACCACACUCUUGCAUCACAGCAGGGUCUCGAUCUGUCGGGUUUGGUCCAAGAUGAUAACAAUUCCGUCUAUCCAGACUUGAGAAGCUUGCAGGAUCCAAAUACGGGACAUUCGGUGGUUCACCAAUAUCCUUCUCCCAUUCCUUUUGAUCGAAAUAAUGCUCACCAACAGAUGCAUGUUCAAAACACGGGUAGUCCGCAUACCCCACAACAGCAGCAUCCUGGACAAGGUCAAUUUGGAAUCUUGACUGCAGGUCCUCCUCUUCAUCACAAUCCCAUUGGCAGAUUGCAGCAAACUUUGCAGCAAGAUGAUGAUUUAUUUGGCACGCCAGAUGAAUCAGAUCAAAAAAGUACCGGUCAUCAUUCUCACAAGAUCAUCCCUAAUCCUCCAAAUUUGGAAGCAUGGAGAGAAAAGUUAUUUAAUGUUGAUGAGAUGAUCACCUUGAGUGAAGAAGAAUAUAACACUUACUUUCCUCACGUCGAUAAUGUUUAUUCUCAUCGAUCUACUCAAAAGUAUAAGCGCAAGCCUUUUGUUUCUCAUUAUUGGGAUUGUCGUCUCAAAGGUCGACCACCAGGAACUGCCAAAUCUGAUGACCCGAAUAAAAAGAAGCGCAAGCGCACUGCAAGAGAAAGAGAUCUUUGUGAUGUCAAGAUUAAGAUUACAGAGUACUUUCCAGGUGCUAUGUUGCGAGCAGACUUUCAACCAGAUGGAGGACCGUCAGGAGAUCCAUCUCAAGCCAAUAACUAUUUUGCUCAAGCUGGAGCUCACCAACAACAAUUUGCUCUUCCUUUAAAUGGUAUAGGUAUCCCACCAAAUCAUCCAGGCGCAACAGGCCAACGAUACUAUACAAUUCAACGUGUCAAUGGGAAUGGUGGCAAUGGUAAGGGUGAUGGUGUUGCAGGGCCUCAUAAGCAUGAUUUGAAGAGAAGUGAUGAGAUCAAGAAGAACAGUAUUGUACGAUUUCUUCAAAAGAGAGAAAAAGAAGAUAAGAAGACACAGAAAACUUACCACAAGAGAGCUAGUGGUUUAGCUCUGAGCACCGUCAAGAAACAUUCCAAGGAGAAUGAUUUGAAGUUAUUCGCCAGUUGCUUUUGUCCUUUUGUUCAGCGAGUAUGGAUUGCUUUAGAAGCCAAGGGUAUUCAGUAUCAAUAUAUUGAAGUUGAUCCAUAUAAGAAGCCUCAAUCUUUGUUAGAAGUCAAUCCUAGGGGGCUGGUUCCCGCUAUUCGUCAUGGAGAUUGGGGUUGUGGUGAAAGUACUGUAUUGAUGGAAUAUCUCGAGGAUCUUCAAAUUGGUCCACCUCUCCUUCCUCAGGAUGCUCAAGCUAAAGCUCAUUGUAGACUUUGGAGUGACCAUAUUGAUCGGAAAAUCGUCCCCGCAUUUUAUCAACUUCUCCAGAACCAAGACUUCAAUAAGCAAGCCGAAAGUACCAGGAAACUUCGCGAUGAAAUAUCUCAAAUCGUUGAUGUUUGUGAUCCUCAAGGUCCAUUCUUCCUCGGAUCAACUCUUUCUUACACUGAUGUUCAUUUUGCACCCUGGAUCCUUCGCUGCAGUCGGGUUCUUAAACAUUAUCGAGGCUGGCAAGAUCCUCAACCAGGUAGCCGAUGGGCAAUUUGGUUCGAUGCCAUCGAGAAUAAUGAGUUUGUUAAGGCUACCACUAGUAUGGAUGAAUUGUACAUCGAUAGUUAUGAGAGAUAUGCAAUGAAUCGACCAAAUACUAGUGAAUUAGCUGAUGCGGUUAAUGGUGGUUAUAAUUUACCUUAG